CCUAGUGGGCGGAGUCCUCACGGCGGCGGAAGUGUGGCGGCCAGGAGCGUGCGGCUCUGUGCUCCGCCAUGGGACCUCCGGGCGGCAAGAUCAACCGGCCUCGAACGGAAUUGAAGAAGAAACUCUUCAAGCGCCGGCGGGUGUUGAACCGGGACCGCCGACUGAAGCGUCAGGUGGUCGGGGCCGUCAUAGACGAAGGGCUGAUCACGCGGCACCACCUCAAGAAGCGGGCGUCCAGUACGCGGGCCAACAUUACUCUGUCUGGGAAGAAGCGCCGGAAGCUCCUGCAGCAGAUCCGGCUGGCCCAGAAGGAGAAGGCCACUAUGGAAGUGGAUGCCCCCUCCAAGCCAGCCAGGACCAGUGAGCCACAGCCCAGACGACCAAAGAAGACGAAAGCGCCCCAGGAUGUAGACAUGGAGGACGCAGAGAAUGGCAGCUGAAGUCCUCUCCUCCUUCAGCAACAUCUCCACUGCAACCGGAAGGACUCGGAGGACUUGGGAGAAAGCAUUUCCACUUUGUACUCUUCCCAACUUCCUCUUGCAUUGUUGGCCCUGGCCGCACCUCUCCUGGAGGGAUGUGUGGGGCAGACAGGAGGGACCGCCAGCAGCCAAUCCCAUUUGUAAUAAAGUGUGCUUGAACUCUUGA